AUGCAAGUUUAGAACGACAGAAACGACGGACAAUGAUGUUUAAAAAGCGAUCCAAAAGAAAACAGUAUGAAAUACAAAAUACUUUACAAAAUGAAGUUGCUGAAGCUAGAAAAUACAGGAAAAUAGUCAUUGCUGAAAAAAAAAUGGAGAAACAAAAUGGUAGUCAAUCAUGAAAAUUGUUCAUUACAUUCACCCGGUAAUGCUAUUGAACCUUGGAAUUUUGGCCCACCUUCUUAUGUAUGUAAGCAUUGUGGUGCUGUGUUAUGGUAUGAAGAAAGGAGUGUAAAAUCUAAAAGGCCUAGAAUUCCAACGUUUUCUUUGUGUUGUAUGGAGGGUAAGGUGAAGUUGCCUUUGCUUAGAAAAACACCUCCUCUUCUUAAUGAGUUAUUAGAUCCUCUUGGUGGACAACGAUCUAAAUCAUUUAGAACUCAAAUAAGGAGUUAUAACGCAAUGUUUGCAAUGACAUCUAUGGGUGGCAAGGUGGAUAAUAGAGUUAACGAUGGUAGAGGCCCAUACAUUUUCAGACUUAAUGGUCAAAUCCAUCAUAGGAUUGGAACACUUCUUCCUAAUAAUGGUGAGGACCCACAAUUUGCACAGUUAUAUUUCUAUGAUACUGAAAAUGAAGUCCAACAUAGAAUGAAUGCCUUUAGUAGCAGUACAGUUAAUAAAGACCUUGAUCCAUCUAUUGUUGAUGCAUUGGUCCAAAUGUUUGAUGAGUCAAACAAUUUGGUGAAGAUAUUUCGUAUGUCUAGAGAUCAUUUCAUAGAACGUGAUAUUCAUCAUUUAAGAUUACGUCUUAUUGGCUCACGAACUACAGAUGGAAGAGAGUACAAUCUUCCUACAUGUUCUGAAAUUGCUGCAAUUAUUGUUGGCGAUAUUGGUGUUGAUAAUGCAUUUCGUGAUAUUAUUGUGGAAUUAAAAGAAGGAGGGUUACAUAGGAUCAAUGAGUUGCAUCCAUCGUACAUGGCAUUGCAAUAUCCUCUUUUAUUUCCAUAUGGUGAGGAUGGCUUCAGGCUUGGCAUAUUGUACAGAAAUAUAGAUGAGACCAGAUCUGACACAAAUGACUUCGUUACUAUGAGAGAGUAUUAUGCAUUUAGAUUGCAAGAGCGGGAUGGUGAGGGACAUACAUUAAUAUCUGGUGGCCGAUUAUUUCAGCAAUUUGAUGUAGAUGCCUAUACAUGUAUUGAGGCAAUAAGAGUUAUGUGGGUGAAAAAUAAUCAAGAAAAGUUGAGGAUUGAACUGUAUAAUGGAUUGAAGGAUGCGGUUAUGAGAGGUGAUACCACCCCUGCAUCUGCUGGAAAAAUAUUUGUUUUACCUUCAAGUUUCAUAGGAGGUCCAAGGUAUAUGAUCGAAAAUUACCAAGAUGCAAUGGCGAUUUGUAGAUGGGCUGGCUACCCAGAUUUGUUCAUUACCUUCACAUGCAAUGCAAAAUGGCCGGAAAUUGAGCUUUUCCUAUCUAGGAAACCUGGGCAGAAAAUUGAAGACCGACCUGAUGUGGUUGCAAGAGUAUUUAAGAUAAAACUUGAUCAACUUUUAAACGAUUUAAAGCAUGGUCAACACUUUGGAAGAGUGAUUGCAGUUGUCUAUACCGUUGAAUAUCAAAAGAGAGGCCUACCUCAUGUACACAUAUUGCUUUUUCUACAUAAUGAUGACAAACAUCCUAUAGCAGCAGAAAUUGACAAAUGCAUCAAAGAAAAAAAACUCUGAACUCUAAUGUAUAUACUACCUUACUGAAUGUACAUAUGUUUCUUUAGAACUACCUUACUGAAUGUACAUAUGUUUCUUUAGAACUACCUUACUGAAUGUACGUAUGUUUCUUUAGAAGAGUAAACUGAAUGUAAACAGAAUGUACUGUUAAGUU